ACAAACAGACACAGCCACCGACCGAUCUCUCUCUCUGUCUCUCUCUCUCUCUCUCUGUGUUCCAUCGAUCUGUGUGUGUGUGUUUUCUCUUUGUUUUGUACGCAAUAGAAUACAUCAAUGCCUUCACAGAAGCGUUCGUCAGCAGAGCAACUCAGCGAUGAUGUAGAACAUCGCCACCACCAACGGCAACGACCCAAGCAAUCUCGACUGCAAGAUGAACACCAACUCCUAGACCAAGAAGAGGAAGAAGUAGAAGAUGACGAAGAAGAAGAAGAAGAAGAAGAAGAAGAAGAUGACGAAGAUGAUGCCGAUUCUGAUGGAGGCGCAUCUUCAACUUCUCAAGAGAUUCCCGAAUUGAUAUUCAUACAACUGCAAGAACUCCGUAAAGACUUACACUGUCCAAUAUGUCUCGGAAUUAUGAAAAAAACACGUACUGUAAUGGGAUGCCUACACAGGUUUUGCAGGGAAUGUAUCGACAAGUCAAUGCGAUUGGGGAACAACGAGUGUCCUGCUUGUCGCGCACACUGUGCAAGUCGGCGUUCAUUGAGAGACGAUCCAAACUGUGAUGCCCUAAUAGCAGCUUUAUAUCCGGAUAUUGAGAAGUAUGAGGAGGAGGAAUUGUCUUUCCAUCAGGAGGAGAGGACUCGAAACGAGCAGAUUCAAGCAUCAAUUGCCAAAGUUUUUGAACAACAAUCAGAAGCUCUAACUAAGAGACGCACAUCUGGAAAAGAUAUGUCAGAUUCAUUUCCUAUGAGACCACGGCUCAAUGAUCGGAGUUCUGUUUUGAGGAAACGGAACUCUCGAGCCACUGAGGAUGAUAAUAACAAUGACAAUAAUACCAAGGGCAACAAUUCAUCUUCCACUGAUGACCGGCGUAUUGAACUUAGGCCAAGACAGCGGAGAAGACGGGCAGGAUUUGGAUCCUCUCAGCCUCCUGCAUCUCUGGCCAAUUCAAGUGGAGGAUGCACUGAAAAUGAUGUAGAAGGGAAACGAGAGAACCGUGGAAUUUCACCUGGUGUUAUCUGGAGCUCUGAAAUGCUUGUUUGGGGGCGGGGUAGUGCUCGAAGUCACACACGGCGUGGCAUUGCUAGUGGUUGCAACAGUAAGAAUUCCGAGAGUACUCGCAUAUCAAAGUUGGUUGAUUAUCUCCAGAGCUUAGAGGAAAACAAUGAUGAGUUAGAUGUUCAUCUCAUGCUUAUUUCUUUGGAUACAAGUUGUACACCAAGUUUACAGCGGCCACACCUUUCCUGUCGGCCGAGUUUGUCAGUGAAGCACCUGUGUGAAUAUGUGUCUCACCAGACGCCUUUGAGGGCUGAGGAAGUUGAAUUAUUGGCAGUUAAAGGGCCUUCCAGUUCCAAUGACAAGAAAUUGAACCUAAACCUGGCGCCCUUAAUUGAUGAUCCGGAUUCUGUGCCAUUUCUAACAGAUCCAUGCAGAUAUGAACUGCAAAUUCUGCAAGAAGAAGAAACUUUGGGAAGGAUCAGAGCCAAUUGCACUUCCAGCAGGGACCAUUUGAUUCUCGCAUACAGGCGGAAGGAGAUUAGUUAGGAAUGAAAUUUUGGUACCAGCCAAAUGCAUGCGGACGAGAAAAUUGUUGUAUUCGCUGUUGACAAGAGAGUUACUGUAAAUGCAGUCGAAGAUUGAUACCGGGAUGCAUUGAUCCCCGGUUGAGACAUUGUUUGUUGUAUUCUCGAUUCCGUAAAACACUUGGUUGGAUUGUUAUUUAUAUUAAACCAUCCUUUAGUUAACAGUUCUUAAGAG